CUCCCCUUCCUUUCCUUUACUAAUUUUUAUCCAAACUAAAUAUCGAGCGAACUCCAUUAAUGCAUCUUUCCGAAAGCUUCUCAUCAGCUCAAUUCUCACUGUUCUUGUACAAUGUGUUUUCUGGCCUGACAAAGGUUUUGAGCAUUGGAAGCAACUCUGUACAGGCGGAGAGAUAGUUUGCCUCGGAUGGAUUGAGAGCGAUUUUGGGGGAGAGAAUGAACGUUAUCGGAAGACAGAUGGCGAGAUCUAGUGCCACGGCGCACCACCAUCGGCAAUUCUCCGAUAACUUCCUGGACGCCACGUUCAACGCGAAAUGGAUUCAGUCCACGAAUUUUCUCUCUUCACAGAUUUUGGAUUGGAUACUAUGGACGAGGUCAGGGGUGAAAAGUGAGCAGGAAGUCACUGGACCCGGAAUCGCCUCCGGUAAGUUCGAGGUCGUCUAGUUUGAGAAAGAACGGCGACGAGCACGUUUUGCCCAUUGAGUUUAGGAAUGAGGGCUUUUUUCCCCGUUAAAAAAAGAACCACGUCGUUUUGGAGUGCGGAUUGUUUUUUUUUUUUUACGGUCCGUAAAAUACUUUGAAUGGAAUUUUGAUAUUCGUCGUUGCUGUUUUUCUAAUUAGUUUGAUUGUGUACUUGAGAGCUGAAUAUUUUUCUCCAGCAAUUUAAUUAAAUAAAUGAUUUUCAUUGUA